AUGAACUCGUUUUACGACGGAAAAAACCCUAGUGAGUUAGGGUUGGAAGAGGAACUGAGUCAAGUGAACUGCCAAGAUGAGUUGGAGUUUGACUACCUGUUUGAAUACGAACCACCUUGCGACAACUUUCCCGUGGAAGAUCAAGAUGAGCCAAAUCUCUCCUCACAGAGAGUCAGCCCUCCAUCUGGUCUGGCCUACAUCCAGGAGGAGGCUUCCCACUACAGCAUUAAGUGUAGUGAGCACAACCCAGAGAGCCUCUCUGGCUAUGAGCACCUGGAAGCCAAAAACUACCUGGACCACUCCAGGCUUGGGGGCAUUGCCCUGAGCCCCAGGAUCGAGAUCACACCGUCACGUGAGCACUACAGCGAUGGACGAGAUUCCCUGCAGAACCACACUCUGAACAUCAGCCCCCGUCCCACCCUGACCGUCCCGGGCCACGAAAGCCUGGCCUACCGCGAGCCCCAGUGCUUGAGCCCAGCCUCCAGCAACUCCUCCACCAGCUGGCACUCGGAGAGCUACUCCCCCUGGGCCUCUCCCUGCGUGUCCCCUAGUAGUGGCCAGACCGGGGCCGGGGACCUCUGCCCCCGCUUCCAGAACAUCCACACCGGCUCCCCCCGCACCUCCCCGGGCACCUCCCCCCGCACCGAGGAGGGCUGCCUCGGCCCCCGCUCGCCCUCCCCAUCCCUCAGGCCAGGAUCCCGCUCCGCUUCCCCACAGGGCAAACGUACCUACGACAUGUACAGGAACCCCAACCUGAUCACCGGGAUCUAUUCCCGCAGUCUCUCCCCCCAUAGGGGCCAUGAGGAGCAUCCCCAACAGAACGCAGGGGCCCACUAUGGGACCUCCAACAGUCUGGCUGAGGCCAUGAACGGCUACGGCACUGUCCAGCCUGGUCUGGUCCCCACCAAGAUAGUGAAGACGGCCAACCAGACGUAUGCCUUCUACCCAGAGAACCACAGGGAGGUCAACUACCUGGUGUCCUGUGAGCAGGAUGUUAAGAAUAAAACUGGGGCCGAAUCCUUCUUUGUGAUCCCUCCCAUCUGGACCAAGCAGAUGGUCCCCAACCUCUGCAGCAUCCCAGUGUCUUCUCUGCCCCCUCUGGAAUGGCCUGUCCCCAGCCGUACAGAGCAGUACAAGCUCCACGUUGACGUGCAGCCCAAGCCCCACCACCGAGCCCACUAUGAGACAGAGGGGAGCAGGGGCGCGGUUAAAGCCCCCACUGGUGGUCAUCCUGUUGUCCAGUUGCAUGGCUACAGGGGAAAGGAGCCACUGGGCCUGCAGAUCUUCAUCGGGACCGCAGACGAGAGGAUCCUGAAGCCCCACGCUUUCUACCAGGUUCACCGCAUCACGGGCAAGACGGUUACCACCACCAGCUACGAGAAGAUCAUCAACUCCACCAAAGUCCUGGAGAUCCCUCUGGAGCCCAAGAACGACAUGAAAGCAAUAAUCGACUGUGCUGGGAUCCUGAAGCUCAGGAAUGCUGAUAUUGAGCUGAGGAAGGGCGAGACAGACAUCGGACGAAAGAACACUCGUGUGCGUCUAGUGUUCCGUGUGCAUAUACCCCAACCUAAUGGGCAACACAUCUCACUGCAAACCGCCUCCCAUCCUAUUGAGUGCUCCCAGCGUUCCGCCCAUGAGUUGCCCAUGGUGGAUAAACAAGACAUGGACAGCUGUUCUGUCCUGGGAGGUCAGCAGAUGAUUCUGACGGGACAGAACUUCAGCUCCGACUCCAAGGUCAUCUUUAUGGAGAAAACCCAUGAUGGACAGCAGAUUUGGGAGAUGGAGGCAACUGUAGACAAAGAUAAAUGUCAGCCUAGUCUGCUGUUUGUUGAGAUCCCCUCCUAUCGCGACCUGUCCAUCUGCCAUUCCGCCAAAGUGAACUUCUAUGUCAUCAACGGAAAGAGGAAGCGCAGCCAGCCUCAGCACUUCACAUUCACUCCACUGGCAGUCCCGUCCAUUAAAACAGAGCCUGUGGAUGACUAUCCUUUCUCCAUGACCCAGAUUAUGGGUGUGUCCCCCCAGUCCUACUACCACCACAGCCCUGGGUCCCGUGGGAUCAUCCACCCAGACAACGGCCUGGUCUCCAGCAUGGCCUCCUGCCAGCAGGUCCGCUCCGGCCUCCCCACCCCCGUCCCAGACACCUGCUUCCAGCAGCAGAGCCCAGCCAUUGUGUACUCCCGUGGGGGCAAGAGUCUGAGCGGCAGUCCCGGGGGGCUCUACCAGCAAACUGGGGGGAUGCGGGUGAUGCCCGACACACACCGUUCCGUCCUGGUCCACACGGGCUCCCCAGCCCAGUCGUCCCCGCUGGGGGCCCAGCAGCAUGGAGGGGGCCAGGGCCAGCACCCCUCCAUCAUCCAGUUCUCCCCCAACAACCAACACCUGCUCCGGGGAAGCGACCCUCCACCUCUCCAGCCUGACAACCAUCAGCACAUCAUCUACUGUGAUGGCUACCCUCAGCAGUCUGGAGCCCAAGCUCACUCCCCUAUCUCGGCCCACUCCCCCCAACAUUACCCCACCACAGUGAUCCAGCAGCAGCCCUAUGUGCCCAAGGCGGUGCCCAAGGGCAGGUCUUCCCCUGGUGGGAUGGAGGCCCAGAGAUGCCCCCCUGGAGAGGAGCAGAGAGCCAGCCUCCCUGGAGGACGGGUCACAGUCAAGGAGGAGAACCUGGAUCAAAUGUACCUUGAUGACGAAUUUGAGUGUGGCCAGGCUGAGGCAGGAUGUGUUUUCCGACAUGCAUAA